AUGAAAAAGCGUAGCAAUGAUGACAGAUCAUCUACGAGCAUCAAAGAGCUACUUCCUGGAGGAGACAGGAGUAGUUAUAGCCUUGAAAAAAAAAGAAUAAGGCAAAGUCAUGAUGGACAUGAAGGAAGCAAAAAGAAGAGGAUAGAUGUAUGUAGUGAUGGACAGAAAGGUACGGUAAAGAGGAGCAGAGAUGUAUCUACCGAUGGACAGAGAGAAAGCGUAAAGAAGAGAAGGAAUGUAUGUAGUGAUGGGCAGAGAGCAAGCAUAAAGAGGAGAAGAGAUGUAUGUAUUGAUGGACAUUAUCUUUGUGCGGUAACAAAAAAGUGUUGCAGAAGCACAGAGGAUGAUAUAGAAGCCAGAUGUCUUCCAAAGGUGAAAAACAAUGCAGAGAAACACAGCGAGGGCAGUGCAUACACUGAGAGACCCGAAAGACCUAUACUAGGGAAAAGAAGGCUAGAGACUGAUACUAAUCAGGAGGAAGACAGAAAAAGAGCAAAGCCUGAGACUGAAGCAGCCAAAACCCUGGAAAGGCCUCUUGCACUUAUUGCAUCCCAGUACCGGUUCCACCAAGUGCUUGGCGAAGGUGCAUUCGGGAGCGUGAUGCUGGCAUCCACACCAUGCAGUGAAAUACCAGUAGCUGUAAAAGUUAUUCUUAAGAAAAAUACAGAUAGCCUGCUAAGAGAAAAACACAUACUUCAGGUAGUAUCAGGGAAACCGUACCUCUGUAACUGUUAUGCCACUUUUCAGAACAGCAAGUAUGCUUUUAUAGUGAUGGAAUACCUAAGUGGCGGGACUCUAGAACAACAACUAACUAGUAUGGGCUCCCUGGACAAAACCACUGCAAUAAUAUCUACUGCUGAAAUUGUUUGUGGGAUUGAAUUUUUACAUAAACUGGGAAUAAUCCACAGAGACCUUAAACUGGAAAAUAUCAUAAUUGACAGAAAAGGACACAUCAGGAUUUGUGAUUUUGGACUGGCAGUAGAAAAUGUUUUUGGGGUAAAAACAAUUUUUGGAGUUGCAGGAACGCUGCUCUACAGGCCACCCGAAAUAGUGAAUCAUGAACCAUAUGGCUCUUCAGCAGACUGGUGGGCUUUUGGAGUAAUACUUUUCAGAUUACUAACAGGAAAGUUUCCAUUCAAUGGUGAUUCAAUUAAAAGAAUAAAAAGAUUGAUAUUGAGAAAUGAACCCAUAUAUCCAAAAGAGCUGAGCAUUGAGGCACUAGAUAUCUUGCCUAAACUACUCAAAAAGGAACGACACAGUCGCCUUGGAUUGUACGGAAACAUACGCCAGCACCCAUUUUAUGCCAGCAUUUCCUGGGAUAAAGUAGAAAACCAGACAAUCACUCCACCAUUCCAGCCACAGGCAAUGCAGCAAUACACCUAUGUAGACCUGCCCGCUGCCGAUUCUUUUCUGGAGCCCCAAGGAUAUAAAAUCUCUCCAGAAGAUGCCAAUCACAUCCAUGGCUUCUCAUUUGCAUGCCCAGAGUGGUCCUAA